AUGUCUUCACAAGAAUUCAUCCAACUACAAGGGUAUAGCAUGUAUGGAAGCCUUCAUUCAUGGACAAUCGACGUUCUUAAUAAAUCGUGGGAUUACGAUUUGGCUAGAUUAGCUUUGAAGCUUGUAGCAUCACAUGUUUCUGGAAAGCAGACUAUUUGCCCGUGGCCAACACCACGACGGCUGCUCCGGCAUGUAGCUAGAUGUUCUAAUCUAAUAUCCAACGGCUUGGUUGCAGAAGAUGGCAUAGAAUGGGCUUGCCACAGCUUAGGAGAUCUCUUCGCAGACCAAGGCAAGCUCGCUAAGGCCGAGCAGAUGUAUCGACGGGCGCUACAAGGAAAGGAAAAGUCAUUGAGUCCCGAGCACCUGUCGACGCUCGACACGCUCAACAACUUAGGGCUCGUCUAUGUCGAUCAGGGCAGGCUGGCUGAGGCCGAGCAGAUGUAUCAACGGGCGCUACAAGGAAAGGAAAUGUCAUUGGGUCCCGAGUACCCGUCGACGUUCAACACGCUCAACAACUUAGGGCUCCUCUAUAUUAAUCAGGGUAGGCUGGCCGAGGCUGAGCAGAUGUAUCAACGGGUGCUUCAAGGCAAGGAGAUGGUAUUUGGUUCUAAGAACCCGUCGACACUCGAGAUAGUCAACAACUUCGGGGUCCUCUAUAUCCGUCAGGGCAAGCUGGCCGAGGCUGAGCAAAUGUAUCAACAGGCGCUACAAGGUAAGGAGAAGGUAUUAGGCCCCAAGCACCCGUCAACGCUCGAUACGGUCAAUAACUUAGGGGUCCUCUAUGUCGAGCAAGGCAAGCUGGUCGAGGCUGAGCAGAUGUAUCAACGGGCGCUUCAAGGCAAGGAGAGGGCAUUAGGUCUUGAGCACCUGUCGACGCUCGAUAUAGUCAACAACUUAGGGGACCUAUAUACCCGUCAAGGCAAGCUGGCCGAGGCCGAGCAGACGUACCAGCGGGCGCUGUGGGGAUUUAAGAAGAUACUUGGUAUAGAUAAUACUACGACUUAUAUUCCGGCGCUAAACACUAUCCGGGCCAUCGGCUCUCUCUUUGAGCGACAAAUCGACUUAGCAAAGGCAAGGGAAAUGUAUUCAAAGGCUCUAGUAGGAUAUGAGAAAGUCGUUGGACCUAACCAUGCAAGGGCUCGAAGCUUGCGGGACCACCUUCAGGCUUUAGAUGCCAUGGCAGAAAAUAGGCACAAGGCUGAUAUGCAGAUAAAGGAUAGACAAACAUCCAGUGGCUCCCGCAGAGGCUCUAGUCAUUUUGACUCUGGAGAGUCUAAUUCAUCAAUUGAUAAUGGCUCAGUCUUCUCUGUUCCUAUUUCACUUCCUAGUGAUACAACCGUAGGAUCUGGGACGGAAAGAAUUAACGCAAUGCUCACUCAGGAAUUUGCAGGUCUGCUCUAUCAAGACGAAGCCUUGAUAUCUCUUGUUUCGGAAGCUGUAUCAAAAAAGAGAAUUGGGUUGGACAGAAUGCGAAAUAACUUUCGGAAACUGCUUAAGCACUUUGCUGGGGACCUCAAGGCGGAAAUUUCCACUGAUCAUCAUCGGGCUAUUGUGGCUUUUGUGAGCUCCUAUUCAACCAAUAUUACGCGGGAACUCUUCUCAAAACCUUCCCUGGGUGACUGGGAGGUGGAAGUCCGAAUUCCAGAGCCCGUGGGAAACCCCCAUACUGCCAUGGACCGUCGAGAUAUGGUGGAAGAAUAUCUUCAUAUGACAUUUGAUUCUAUCGAGUCUACCGACCCUACUAACUUUGAUUCCAACGACCCCAGUAAGCUUAGCGAUGACAGCGACCAAGAUUCUGUAGCUGAAGGAGCUGGUGAAGAAGAGCCAUAUGAUGACUCGCUAAAGCAUCUGGAGCAAUUGGAGUGCUUCAUCCUAGAAAGUGUCGCGUAUCAGACUCUUUGCCGACGACUCCACGAGUUCAUCUACCCCACACUGCGAUCUAGACUCCGAGGCCUGGUAGCUAUGUGGUCAAGGCUUGAUCAUAGGUAUCAUGCCUAUGUUACUCGCUACAAGUUUUAUAAUACAAUCGCCGAGCUACAAUACAUUCAUCCGAGUAAGAUUCGAUUCGAGCGAAGCCAGAAGGCCGGUAAUCAUCUAUGGAAGAUUAUGAGCUACUAUCAGAAUAGGAUAGAGUGUUGGACCGGAGAGCAUUGGGAUUGGUGGCCUUUGCCUGUGUAUCCGAGACCCUUGGAUGAAGGGGAGACACGAGUCCGAUGGGAAUGCACAUGCGGUGAGGACAGAUGGGCAGAAGUGCCUCGGCCUUUUGCCAAGCGCCUCAAAUCAAUCAUUCGCAGUUUUCCCGAGUCCAGUAUCGCCAUGCAGGACUUACAGCCUCCCCCUACCUCAUAUCGACAAAAUUCGAGCGGCCCUCCUGAUAGAAACGGCGGUGCUCCCGGCCAGUUUUCCAAGAAUAGACAAGGAAAUAUGCAGCCAGCCAGCUCAUCGUCAGCCAAUGCACCUCAGUUUAGGACGCCUGGGCUCAAAACUGAGAUUGUCGACAUCAACAUACCCAAUCAUCGCGUCCUUUUCAUUGUCAAACAGGGUGCGGAGUAUAAGCUAGCACAAAUUUGUGUUGAGGGACUCAGUUGUCACAUUUUCUUUAGCACAGUGAGGCAAAAGUAUUUCCAGCUUCGAGGGUUUCUCCGAAGCUGGUUCAGCGUCUGGCGGUAUUCUCAUUGCGACUUCUAUAAGGCAAUGUGA